CCUCCGCUGCAGCUGUUCUCCCGGGCAGGCCGUGUGUUGUGGGAGAUGCGAUGUUGGAAAAGACAGCGUUACUUUCAUCAUCGUCGUUAACAUUACUAUUAUAUGUUAUUUCAUUACCGUGAGUUCAGGCUGCUCCCGGCGAUCCCCCGUUUUCAGGCUGACAUCCUGAGCUCAGCGAUGGUGGAUUUGCCCGAAAGUGGUGCAGUGUCGCCCGGACACAGCAGACACGGACAGGGCUCCGGCUCCGGUAACAACGGGAAGAAAACGUCGAAAAAGUCGCGAACGAGGAGAGGCAGGCGAGGCAGGAGAAGAAGAAAUAAAAAGAACAACAGGAACAACAAAACACCUCCACCGUAUUUACCACCGGAGGCUGAAGAAGGAAACAUUGAAUAUAAGCUGAAGCUGGUGAACCCCACUCAGUAUCGAUUCGAGCAUCUGGCCACGCAGCUGAAGUGGCGUCUGCAGGAGGGCCGCGGCGAGGCCGUCUACCAGAUCGGAGUGGAAGACAACGGCCUGCUGGUCGGCCUGACCGAGGCCGACAUGAAGGCUUCGCUCAAGACCUUAAGGAGGAUGGCGGAGAAAGUCGGGGCGGACAUCACUCUCCUCCGAGAGAGGGAGGUGGACUACGACUCGGACAGAAACACUCGGAAAAUCGCAGAGGUCCUCGUUCGAAAAGUUCCCGACGAUCAGCAGUUCCUGGACCUGCGGGUGGCGGUGCUGGGGAACGUGGACUCGGGGAAGUCGACCCUGCUGGGCGUCCUGACGCAGGGCGAGCUGGACAACGGGCGAGGCCGAGCGCGGCUCAACCUCUUCAGACACCUGCACGAGAUCCAGACCGGACGCACCUCCAGCAUCAGCUUUGAGAUCCUGGGCUUCAACAGCAAAGGAGAGGUUGUGAACUACAGCGAGUCUCGGACGGCCGAGGAGAUCUGCGAGAGCUCCUCCAAGAUGAUCACGUUCAUCGACCUGGCCGGACACCACAAGUACCUGAAGACCACCAUCUUCGGCCUCACCAGCUACUGCCCCGACUUCGCCAUGCUGGUGGUGAGCGCCAACACCGGCAUCGCCGGUACCACCCGGGAGCACCUGGGCCUGGCCAUGGCGCUGAAGGUUCCCAUCUUCAUCGUGGUGAGCAAAGUGGACCUGUGCUCCCGCGGCACCGUGGAGCGAACCGUCCGACAGCUGGAGCGAGUCCUGAAGCAGCCGGGCUGCAACAAGGUCCCCAUGGUGGUAUCGAACCCGGACGACGCCGUGACCGCCGCGCAGCAGUUCACUCAGUCCGCAUGCAUCACGCCCAUCUUCACCCUGUCCACCGUGUCUGGGGAGAGUCUGGACCUCCUGAAGGUUUUCUUGAACAUCCUCCCUCCACUGAGCAACAGCAAAGAGCAGGAGGAGCUGAUGCAGCAGCUCACCGAGUUCCAGGUGGAUGAGAUUUACUCAGUUCCUGAUGUUGGGACUGUGGUGGGAGGAACUCUGUACAGCGGAGUGUGUAGGGAGGGCGAGCGGCUGGUGGUCGGUCCGACCGACGAGGGCCGUUUCCUGCGUCUGAAGGUGGGCAGCAUCCAGAGGAACCGCUCGGCCUGCAGGGUGCUGAGAGCCGGACAGGCCGCCACGCUGGCUCUGGGGAACUUUGACCGCUCGCUGCUGCGCAAGGGCAUGGUGAUGGUCAGUCCCAAGAUGAAUCCGACCAUCUGCUGUCAGUUUGAAGCCGCCAUCGUCCUGCUCUUCCACGCCAAGACCUUCCGCCGGGGGUCACAGGUCACCGUGCAUGUCGGCAACGUCCGGCAGACGGCCACCGUGGAGUGCCUUCACGGAAAGGACGAGCUGCGCACUGGCGAGAGGGCCGUGGUCCGUUUCUGCUUCAUCAAACACCCCGAGUACCUGCGACUGGGCGCCAAGAUGCUCUUCAGGGAGGGCGUCACCAAAGGCAUCGGCCACGUCACCCGCCUGCUGCCCCCAUUCCAGAACCACGACCAGAACCAGAAGCAGAACCACGACCAGAACCUGCUGGAGAAUUAAAAACUCCUCCUUCAUCCUCCAUCGCAGGGUCGACAGACGUUGAGCGCCGUGAGAACUCGGGCUGAUCGGACGUCAUCCAUGCUCCUCUGAUCGGGUUUUCUCUCCCGCCACGUGUCGGCGCAUUAAUCCGCUUGUCCCGGGUCUAUAGUUAUGUCCUCAUUCGCUCCUGCCGCGAUGUCAGCGUCCGUCAUUCUCAUCAUCCUCCUCCCAGCAGAUGUCUGGGUCUUGAGUUAAAGCUGGCCGGCCUCAGUGGACUUAAGCUGGACACUUAAUCUGAUGUUGGGCCACAGACCGAUUUAACAGGCUGCUUUUCAUCAGCGCGGCUGUCACGGGAAGGCGGGGGGAUUAUUUAGCGGAGGAUUUGAGGAACGGUUUUAAAGCGUCACAGGGCCGAUCUCUCGAGUGCUGUCGCCAGACGAGGAGAGGGGAUGCAACCCUGGUACUCUGCCGCACAGGAAGUGUCGACCUCCCGGUCUCUACACGCUGGGACUGAGUUUGAAAUGUGAAGGGAAGUUUCCUUUCAACAGUCUGAGGGGGAUUUUUUGGAUGAGAUUUUCCUGCAGUUUCCUCAACAUGACGAUUUGAAUGACUGAUUCAUGAAGCGUUCGUGGAGGCGAGAUAAAUCCCCAUUUUGAAUUUCACCUCGACUGCGCCGUUGGUGAAAUUUGACACGCGAGUCGUCGACCAUUCGCGAUCCGUCCUCACAGUAGAAGAAACGAGGAUCUAGGGUCCAAAAUGGAGGAAGCUAUCGUUUUAGCUUUGUCGCAUCGUCGGGGUUUAUAGAACUCCGCUCUGCUGGCGUAUAAACUGCUCCAUAGAAAAAGAUGCAGGAUGGUUUGCGUUCAGCAGGCGAGACGUCUCUUCUCUUCUUGUCCAAAUCCAGACCAAGACAGCAGGAUUAAAAGCUAACUUCCUGUUAAAAAAAGGGGGUUAUUGUGGCUAGCUAGCAUGUGACCUCACGUGCUUAGCAUGCCGGUUCGGCCGCUACAGUAGCUCACCAACCAGCCCUGCGAGCAGCCCCCAAGCUUCCACUCACGAAGACGCGUGGAGGAACUUUACUGUGAUAUUCCCGGGCCCUUCGUUUGAGAUCAGGUAUUACUGACUUGCGUGCUGGAUUUAUUUUAUUCCUUAGAGAGCACGAAUUGGCCAUUUGUGCGCACAAGUUUUUAAAAAACUACUCCCGACACGUCCAGGGCUCCACACGUGUUUAGACUGGUUUGAAGUAAAACGCUGAUUGAAAAACCCACCAGCUCGUUGCGUCACGAUGCUCUGCCUUUUUGCACUUUAUUCAGUUUGAAUCGUUACGGCGAAUCGUUCCUGUCCAGUUAGUUUUGGCUCUGAUCACCUACGGACUCACAAGUCCAUAUUUCUCCCCUUUUUUCCCCCCAGUCUAUGAAUUUGCAGUCCGGCCACACGUUGGUACGUUUUGUUUGUGAAAAGCAGGAACUGCGAUCGAUAAGGUCGAUGUGUCGUCCAAAGCGUCAGAGAGAUGUAUCAUUAUGUAAAUGUGUUUUGGGGAAUAAAACGUUUCUUCAUCUCCAAACGACGACACGUUCUCUGGACAAGAAGCAGAGGUUUUCUACAGGUUUUCCAGCUUUACGUUUCCGGCUCCGUUUGGUGGGACUCGUGCCGUCUGCUCGGCCCUUAAACUGGUGAAGCCUGCACAUUCAGCAUCUGCAUUCACGCACGACCGACACUGAAAUACUUUGCGUCUCGGUUUUCCCGUUUGUUCUAUCGGUUCAUGUUCAGUGAUGAUAUAAAAAGUUUGUAGGUUUGAUGUACCAGGCAGCCUUUUGCAGCUAAACAUAACCUGCAUGCUCUUUGACUGGCAGAAAAAAAGAACUGUAAUCCUCUCAUCUAAGAUAUAAAACCUGUGUCCAGUGAAGUGUUGAAGCAGUUUUUAACUUCAUUUUUCGGAGGUUCUGUGCAGUUGUAAAAACCUAAACAUCGAAUGUACUUUCCAUGGAUCCCACGUAGCAUUUGAAAUUGCUUACUGUUCAAGUGUUACCGUAAAGUUACCGUCGACUUUGCACUUGUUCUGAUGCUGCAUGUGUGUCGGAGAGCCGCGUCGGCUGAGUCCGCAGCACCGCCGCCACGGCGUGGACGCUGUGCCGCGGGGUCGAAGCGUGACACGGCCUCAUGCUAACGCUACGGCUGAACAUUUAAACACUGAAGGGUGGAUUUAUCACGUUGUUUUUCCCGAC